CAUUCUGCAAAAGCUUUUUCUGUUGGAGUUUGUUGCAGUAAAACUAUGAUAUGUUCAAAACAACAUAAAGGCCUUUUUUGUUGCAACCUUUGAGACAUGGUUAACAAAAUUUGUGUUGUGCCAAAAUGAUGAACUUCCUUCAAAUAUCAUCAAUCUUGCAAGAACGAUCUGUUAAAAAGCAAAUAUGGCACACAAAACUGAUUUUCCCUCAACAAAACUAUUAUCUGUACAGGCUUUCUGAGGUGCAAAAUGUGUUGUCUCCUGAACAUCCUGCUGGCUUUGCUGAGUCGCUUCCUGUUUGCGGUCCACGGGGUGGUGACAGUGUGGCGUGUGGUGGCCGUUAAAGAGGAGCCACUCUAUUGGCUGCUGCUAAUGGGCGUUGCUUUGCUCGGAGUGGAAAUGGCUGUCACUCUGAAGUGCACCCAAAACGCAGAGUGGAAAUGGUUCUCCCCUAUGGUUUUCCUCUACCUCAGUACUGUCAUCCCGUCCAUUUGGUUCCUGGAGCUAAGCCUGCUGCAGUCCAAGCUGCCUGUCAACAAUUCCUCAGGCCCCGAGCUUCAUUUGCUGGCUCGCAUACCGAUCACAGCGGGCAUUGUGGAGCUGGACCCAGAGAACUGGGUGGCUGGCCUGGAGCAGACCAUGCUCAUAGUGCUGGUUCUGGGUCGCUGGCUGAUGCCCAAGGGGGACAUGUCUCGCGACCAGCUCUCACAGCUCCUUAUGGUCUACGUGGGACUGGGCGCCGACAUCCUGGACAUCUUCGACACCUUCAAGGAACCCGAGGUCAAAACCAACCAAGUGGUUGUCAUCAUGGGCCUGGGCCUCUUCUCUUGGGCGCUAAUGCAGUUUCCUCUGGUGCUAACCCAGACACAACCCCCAAAGGGUGAGCCUCCACAGAAAAGUGUGACUGGUCUCUCCUGCGUCCCCGGUGCUCCUUCGUCGUUCGCCUCCUGCUGCUCCAGUGAAGUGUGGAGCUUGCUGCUUACAGUGGGACUCCAAGAUGGUCCAUUUCUGCUUUACCGCCUCUACCUCAUGGUCCAAGAGCAGGUACUCAACCAGCUGAUGAUCUUCUUCACCUGCAAGAACAUCCUUAUCGUCCUGUUGGAGCUUUACAGAAUCUUUGUGGUGCAGUGCGAGCAGCCGGUUUGGGAAUCAGGGUUGGAGAGGUGUGAUGCUUUGGUGCUCCGGUGUCCAACCCAGAGGGGUGGAAAAGAGGAGGAGGAGGAGGAGGAGAAAGCAGGUGGAGAGGAGCAAAGCUGUCAUACAGAAACAGAGAGAGGCACUGAAAGGGAGGAAGAUCACAGAGGUGUCCAGGUGUAA